AAACUGGAGCUGGACCUAUCAAGUCUCAAUACUGUAAAUAUAGUGUUUGCUGCUCUGUUUAGCAAAUUAGGUGUUCCAAUCAAGACCACUGUCUCAGCAACAGUUUUAGAGGAGGCAUUGAAUGGAUCAGUAGAGAUUUCUCAGCUUCAGCUGUGCAAGUCUGUAUGUAGGAAGGUAGAAAAGCAGACAGCUCACUUCUAUUCCAUAGACAUAACAGACAAAGAAGCCAAAAUGGGCUUAGCGUGUAGAGUUCAUUCAACUGCUAAAAUUAAGUUUAAGCUGUUGUAUUUUGAGCCUGAGGACAAUGGUGGAUUGAGCCUUGCUUUACAGCUGCUGUAUUUUGAGCCUGAGGACAAUGGUGGAUUGAGCCUUGCUUUACAGAGGGUUGCAAAGGCAAUCAAGGAGAACUCAGGCAAUGCUCUUCUUAAGGCAGUGAAGAUGUCAAAGCAUGCUGGCUGGGGUGUGAUGACCAGUCACAUGAGGGUCAGAUCAAAACUGGAGCUCCCUGUCGAUCUGAGCAUCUUGCCAACUGCCAAGUACAAUCAGGCAAGUGAUUCUUAUGUGUUGUAGUAUUGCCAAGUACAGAAUGCUGCUAUGUUUUGGUUUCAGCAAUCCUCCACUAGAAUUGCUCAAUGGAUUAGAAUUAUAAUUUUGAAUCAGAUGGACAUCAUUGUAGUACCAAUACUCUUUAUUCUUAGUAUUUAGUAUGCUAUCAUUUCAGGUUCACCUGGUUCAGUAUUAUAAUUCAGGUUCAGAAACAAGGAGAUGGAACAUUCAUCGAACUGGAGCAGGUGUGGAUAGGCGCGUGGAGGAUCUCGACACUGAUGCAGGCAAACUUAAGUACUUAACAGGCAUGCACAAUAUAUGUAUCUCUUUACUCUGGACUAGAGGGAAUGUUAAGGAUUCUCAAAGCAUGCUGGAGUUUCUAGAAUCAAACAAAUAUAACAAUGAACACUAUUCAAUUAAAAAAAUGCCCGAAAACAUCACAUGACAAUCAGUAAUUAUAUGGUCAGUUUUUGUAAAA